AUGGCAGCGAUAAUCGCUGCGGUCGGUUCGGUUAUUGGCUAUGUUGGCGCUGAAGUUGCCGAGGAGUCUCUUUUCGAGCGCAUCCUCUGGCCACAGCGCUUUUACAAUGUUUUGGACUUUACCACGGCGGUCAAGCUUACGAUACUGACGCCCAUGGGCGGACCAUUACACCGCGCUGCGAUAGGUGUACUUGACCACUUUCGUCAGCACGGUCUUUAUAGUGGCCGCGCUGUUGGUACCAUGCUGGGUACUGCAUUCUUUCCUGACCGAGGUGUGGCUUAUUCACACCACAACACAGCCACAGAAAAGGAGAGAAACAUCCAAAAGCAGUCUCGUAACUGCAUUUGGGUGGAGGUGCUCAGGCAUAUCAAGCCAGGUACGCAAGCAUCCACAACAGUAUCCAGAAAUGCGGCAACGCCAGGCAUCGAAGCACAGGUUAUGCGCAAGGUCAAACGUUCAGUACACCCUGUGUUCCGACUGCGGCUUGAAGUCAUAGCAGUGGAUGCGCUACCUCAGAUGGCAACCGUGAUAAAGGAGAACCAUUUCACUAUUUGGAUGAUGCUCGGUGUGCUGCUGAGCGAGCUGGUUAGCGUCGGUGUUGCCGUUGCUGUUGGUGCGAUAGGGCGCUACUAUGUUUUCACAGCACUGCUUGGAAUUCCGAUAGUCUUCAAGCUGCUCGCUAUUGCAGUAUCGGUACAGAGGGAAGACUUCCAGCUGGAUCAUCUACUACCGAAAACAUUCGACCCAACACCUGCGAUCGGCCAACUCCCACCUGAGCCGACACCUCCUGCAGAAUCUCAGCUUCAGUUCUUCGAGCUCCUGGACCCCAAAACUGGUAUCUCUCUUAUUGAAACCUCCCAUCCGGAUAUUCUACACACCUUCACGCGUCAUUACGGCCAUCCGCUGCGCGCCACCUCGCUCGAUCGCACCAUGGAAAUAUUCAACAUUGUCAUUGUCUAUGUGUUCGCACUCAAGUUCCCAGCUGAGCUUAUAGCGCUGGCCUGGGCGCCUGAGGUCGUCCAGUGGAUGUGGCUCGCUUAUCAGGUGUAUGCUGUUUCAGCCAUGCAUCUCGCACGUCUUGUCGGGUGGACAGGCUGCGGACGUACCGAAGGAUUGCUUGCAAAGGUGCUGCAAGACAACGGAAUUGCAUAUCUUGCGUCCGGAAACGGCGCUUCUGUUGUGCGCGCAGUGUUGGACGUCGAGGUAUUUGCUGGUGUCGCAGAGGCUGAAGCCAGAAGACAAGAAAUCUUGAGUGAGAGUCUGCGCCUAAAGUAG